AUGGACUCCUCGGUCGAGCUCCAGAUCAAGCAACUCGGCGAUGCGCGCAAACUCGUCCUGAGCGAUGCUAGUCACUACCCGCAGAUCAUCCAAGGCAUUCUGCCCAUCGCUGCACCCGGCGCGCGCGUCGAGCUGCGAAGAUGGGUUGCCGAUUUCCUGGCCGAGACGUUCGCGGCCCCCUCCCUGCCAUCGCAGCAGAAGGAGACCCUGAGCUUGCUGGUGCUGGAGACAUUGAAGAACAUGAUUGAGAAUCCGCAGGAGGAUCCUGCCGUGGUGAGGAGCGUGGUGCAGACGGCGGCAAGCGUGUACCCGCUGGUGAUGAGAUGGAUUAUCAACAACUCGUAUGAUAGCACAACAUGGGAGCGGAUGACUGCGAUUAAAUCGAGAAUUCUGCGGAUGUGGGACACGGCUAUUCCUGGUGUGCGUAUCUGUUGCAUCAAAUUCGCCCAGAAAGUAGUCCUGGUACAGACCAAAGGCCCAGAUGCUGACCCGAGGCGCGGCACACCACUCGAAGUCUCUCUGUCUAUGGUACCGUCAAAUCACCCUCUUAUCCCACCCAAGAAUCUUGAAGCGGAGGCAUCGGGUCUGUUAGAUAGGAUGCUAGCAGUGUUCCAUGAAAACAGCAGCGAUGCGAUCCUCGUCGAUGCCACCCUAAACUCCCUUUCCAUCCUGAUUCGUUCCCGUCCCCAAACUUCCAAUAAGAUCUUGAACAUCAUCCUGAGUUUCAACCCUUUGAAGCAAGCCAAUUCCCCCAUGAACCCCAAACUCCGUGUUAUGGUCAAAUCCAUGGAAAAGACCACUAGAUUGUUGCUUCUCCAUGUCCUCAAGCGUGAUCAACAACAUCCACUUGCUGGGAAGAUGCACCAGUAUAUUGAACGGAUGAUGAGAGCCAGGGCAGAUAUCUUUGAUGAGUCGUCACGGAAGCGAGGUGCCCCCGAGCCUACAGAUGGCUCAGAUGCUGCGAAGCGACAAAAGCUGGGAGCUCCUGCCCCGGUCCUGGCCCCGAAAUUUCAUGUUCCUCCUCUGGCACCUGGGCCCCAUACUAUUGCGGAACUCUUCACUGUUACUACGGAUGAGGCUUUGAAGGCUUUCGAUGUCUCACAGCUGCCAGAUGAUCUGGUCCUUAGGAUUGGCAUUACGAUAUUGCAGAGGAUUGAUGCCAGUACGCUGAAUCAAGCAGUCGAGGGUGUCCGUCAAAGGUACAAGAUUUUGGAAGCCACCAAGCCUGCCGUAAUCACUGCCGCAGCUCAUCUGGAUGUGGAAGAGGAAGAUGACUACGAGCCAGACUUUGAUGUAGCAGAAGACACAGAGCAAAUUUUAAACAAACUCGACGGUGCACCUCCGGAAGAGCCGAAGGUCGCAAUACCCUCUUUCUCUGGCCGCUUUACCCUCCCUGCACCACCACCCUUAACAACAGCACAGGCCAGCGAAGUCGGUCUGUCGACAGUCUACAAGGUAUUCGACGUGAUGAGAGGACUGGAAGAGAGAGGCAAGAAAAGCAAGGCCGGCAUCAACAGGCUUGCAGCUAGCGCAUAUGAUCGAGACGCAUGGAUCACCAUCCUGACCCGUAUCGCUACACGUGCUCCAGCCGGGCUCGAAGCGCUCGAUUCCUUGAAAGCCGAAUCGGACGUCCCAUCCUACGUCUCCCUCGCCGAUAAUAUCCGUGAGUUCUUGUGCGGCUACGUCCUCGAGGACUUCCGGAAACGCAUCGACAUCGCCUUGGCCUGGCUGUGCGAGGAGUGGUACAACGACAAGAUGCAGAUGAAAGAAGCCGACCAAGACGCCACCAUCCUGCACUACGACAAGUGGGUUUUCAAGAUCUUGGAUGGCAUGGUGCCGUAUCUAGACGGCCAGGAUAGAGGUUUGGUCAUUAAGUUCCUCAGUGAUAUCCCAGGCUUGAGCAUGGAGGUUUUGGACCGGGUGAAGAAGCUGUGCCGGGAUCCCGCGACGGUCAACAUGGCGCUGCAGAGCCUUCUGUUCCUGGUUGCGUACCGGCCGCCCGUCAGAGAGCUGGUAUUGAAUGCUGUGGAGGAUGUUUGGGAUACCUACGAGGACGCGAGACCAACGGUUGUCAAGCUCUUUUCCAAAUGGCGGCCGGGACUAACCGAGCGCUCCUCCAGCUCCAAGCCCGCCACCGAGGGGGACAAAGAGAUGACGAAGCCUUUAUUGAACAAUGGUGGCGGCAGCACAGUUGCUGUAGUUGCUACAUAG